AAACAAAUCAAAACCCUCAAUUUCUCUGUAAAAAAAACCCCAAAAAAGGGAAGAGAGAGAAAGAGAGAGCUCGAAAAGCUUCCCCUGCACUGAGGACGGAGUGAACCCAACGACAUCUCUCUCAUCACUCUCAGUCAAUUUCUCAGACCAACAACUUCCCUUCGGUUCUUCUUCGUCCUUCGAUUUCACUCACUGAUUGAUUCUCAUGCUGUUUUUGUUUCUAGAUUCUCGUUUUUCCCGGUGAUGGUACAGUCCUCCGGUCAUUCUUUGCUUCGUUGUUCGAACGAACCGGUUUGCAUACCCUGCGCUCAUUUCGAGAAUGAUUUCUCCCAUGUGUUGACCCUAAUCUCACAGAUCUGACGCGUCGGUGGCUGUCGACGCGGUGGCUGAUGUCGGUGCUUGCGGCUUCCGUCACUGCGGGUAUAUUGAAACAGGUCUCUUGCUGGUUUCCAAAGCAGUUUCUUUUGUUGUGGUUUGUGAUCUUCACCAAUGCCGAUGUACCGGACAUAUCACCAUCAUCUCCAAGAGAUGCACAUGUGGUUGCACCUGCUAUCCUCGAUAUUCCUCUACCGGCCAAAUUGCCUCUUGCCCAUCAACACCACCACCGAAAAUAUAUGUCACCACAGAGUGCACCGGUAGCUGGACUAGCACCAUCGUCUCCUCCUUACUAUGGGCCUCUCAUCACUUCUGGUCACCCACCCACCAGUUCAAACUUUUCAAAACCAUUGAUGAAGAGUGGAUCGGCUCCUCCAGAUAGUAGGCUUGAAAACAUUGCUCCCAUACAGUCCAGUGCUGGUGCUAUUCCCUCUGGAUUAUCUCAGCCACCACUUUCUCCAAAUGCAUCAGACUGUUGCAAACCUGACAUGGUGCUGAAACGAGGAAGUGAGGGCUGCCAUUGUGUCUAUCCCAUAAAAAUUGACCUCCUCCUCCUGAAUGUAUCACAGAAUCCUAAUUGGAGACUUUUUCUUGAAGAGUUAGCUUCCGAACUCGGUUUACGAGUCUCUCAGAUUGAGCUGAUCAACUUUUAUGUACUUAGUUUAUCGAGGCUAAAUAUCUCAAUGGACAUUACUCCGCAUGCUGGGAUCAGCUUCUCUGCAGUUGAUGCAUCUGCAAUAAACUCUUCACUUACAAUGCAUAAAAUUCGUUUAGACCCGACACUGGUGGGAGAUUACAGUCUUCUCAAUAUUACCUGGUUUAAGCCUCCGCCUCGUUCUCAAGCUCCUCGGGCUUCUGCAUCACCUGUAGCAGCUCCAGAAUAUCAUUUUCCAACCACAACGUCACUGAGUUCUCCCAGUAAAGGACAACGUUCUAAUCUGACACUUCUUAUUGGUAUCGGUGCUGGUUUUCUGUUCAUAGCCAUUCUAUUUGUGUUGAUAGUUUGUUUAUGCGCAUCUCAUCGGGGGAAGACCAAAGCACCUCCAUUAGUAGCUGAAAAACCAACGGUUGAGGACAAAAUGCCUGCGGUAGGAUCUUUUCCUCAUCCAUCAAGUAUGAGAUUUCUAACUUAUGAAGAGCUUAAAGAAGCAACUAAUAACUUUGAAGCAGCGAGCAUACUGGGGGAGGGUGGUUUUGGCAGGGUCUUUAAGGGUGUCUUAAGUGACGGCACACCUGUAGCAAUCAAGAGACUUACAAGUGGAGGCCAACAAGGCGACAAGGAGUUUCUGGUUGAGGUUGAGAUGCUUAGCCGGUUGCAUCACCGAAAUCUCGUGAAACUUGUGGGCUACUACAGUAAUCGCGACUCUUCACAAAACUUGCUAUGCUAUGAACUCGUCCCAAAUGGAAGCUUGGAGGCCUGGCUCCAUGGUCCUCUGGGUGUUAAUUGUCCUUUGGACUGGGACACCAGAAUGAAGAUUGCAUUGGAUGCAGCUCGAGGACUUGCUUACCUUCAUGAAGAUUCCCAACCUUGUGUUAUCCAUAGAGACUUUAAGGCAUCUAAUAUAUUGCUCGAGAACAACUUUAAUGCUAAAGUUGCCGACUUCGGUCUUGCUAAACAAGCUCCAGAAGGCAGAGCUAAUUACCUUUCUACUCGUGUAAUGGGCACAUUUGGGUAUGUCGCCCCCGAGUAUGCAAUGACUGGUCAUUUACUUGUUAAAAGUGAUGUUUAUAGCUACGGAGUUGUUCUUCUUGAGUUGCUCACCGGAAGGAAGCCUGUAGAUAUGUCACAACCAUCUGGACAGGAGAACCUGGUCACAUGGGCAAGGCCGAUUUUGAGAGAUAAGGAUCGGUUGGAAGAACUUGCUGAUCCACGGCUCGGAGGAAAGUAUCCGAAGGAAGAUUUCGUACGGGUGUGUACGAUUGCUGCAGCCUGCGUCGCUCCUGAGGCUGGCCAACGUCCAACCAUGGGCGAAGUGGUACAGUCUCUUAAAAUGGUGCAGCGUGUUACAGAAUACCAAGACACCAUGAUACCAUCCUCCAACAACAGAACCAAUCUUAGGCAGUCGUCCACGACUUUUGAGUCGGAUGGAUCCUCUUCAAUGUUCUCUUCUGGCCCCUAUUCUGGUUUAAGUGCUUUUGACAACGACAAUGUAUCCCGAACAGCGAUUUUCUCCGAAGAUCUUCACGAGGGACGAUGAAAGCCUUCAAAGCAAGGUAACCAACCAGGAGUAGGCUCGCGAAACGACAAUUCAGUAGAAAACCCCCCACCCCCUCGCCUUUUUUGGGUUUGGCAUCAUAUUUAGAGAGUGAAGCUAGGAGAUUUAGAUCACAUGAAGAGAAAAUAUGGUGGCGUGAUCUUUUUGGGGGACUUGUAAUGGUGAUUGGUGGAUGUCCAAUGUCCACUUUUUAGAGUUUUCCUGGUCAUUGUUGGGAACUGCUUGUUUCAAUUUUUCCCAUGGCAGUGUAUUUUAUUCUCCGAUGUGGUGGAUAGGUUUUGUAAAUAUAUGUUUAAUGGGAAGGGCCCUGAACGGUUCUUUACGUAUGAUUUUUCCUCUUUUAUUGGGGCUCUAAAUUUAACCUCUGUUUCUUUAUGUUCCAAUCUAA